GUAAUAGUUGGAUAAUAACAACAUGAAGUAUACCAUUAUUGCCUUGGCCGUGUGCCUGUUUUGCGUAAAUGCACUGGUGGUGCCCUAUCCCAGCGAGAACUCCUCGCCGGAGCUGGUCGAUUUGACCGAUGGCGAUGUGGCGGUGGAAGACUUCAGCUUUCUAAAUGCCACCUACAAAGCCAUAAAGAUCGCUUUGCGCAGCCUCAAGGGAUUCAAUUGUAUUUUGAAGUGGGUGGUGGGCAUCCAGGACAGUGCCAAGCUGUUCAACAGCAAUGUGCUCCUUUGUGGCGUCACCGCCAGCAAGGAUGUGACCAAUCUGAUCAACGCCAACGCCCAGAUCAUCAGCACCUGCAACGACAUCAUCAAUCUGAAGUCGAACGUGUGCGUCCUGGCCGACGACGAGCAGGCCAAGAUCACCAACAGCUGCUUCGUGAAGACCCUGCGCAAGGUGUGGUCCCUGAAGAAGCAGGUCGACAAGGCCAUCAGCCUGGCCAAGAAGAUCCCCCAAACCGGACCGAAUGCCGCCGUCUGUGUCACCGACGCAGUCAACACCCUGACUACCUACUACACCGCCUUCCCCCAGAACAUGGUCAGCUGCUCCCAGCUCACCUCUUAAAGGGCUUAAGUCCCCCAACCGAUUCAAGCAUGCAUUAAAAAAUCCGUGAUAUCACAA